AUUUUGAAUAAAAAAAAAAGCUUUAGGGUUUCUGUUUUAAGCUUCAGGUUUCUUCAGACGCCUCUUUCUUCCUUUCGGAUAGCUCGCUUUCCUCUUUGCGCUGCGGUUUUCGAUUUCUAAAGAAUUAGUUGAUUCAAGAUGCAGAACGAAGAGGGAAAGAUCACAGAGCUUUAUAUUCCCAGAAAAUGCUCCGCCACGAAUCGGCUGAUUACUUCCAAGGAUCAUGCUUCGGUUCAGAUAAACGUUGGGCAUUUGGAUGACAAUGGCAUCUACACUGGCCAGUUCUCCACUUUUGCUCUCUGUGGUUUCAUUCGGGCGCAGGGAGAUGCUGACAGCGCCCUGGAUCGGCUCUGGCACAAGAAGAAAGGCGAAGUUCAUCAACAAUAGAUGAUUGUGCUGGUCCGGUUCAUCUCUACAUCAACGUUUUCAAGGAUAGAGAUGCACUUUUAAAAAAUUUUGAACCUAUUAAACUCAUUCGUUUCUUUCGACAAUUUAAACUCGUUAGUUUCUUUCAAUGCAAACUUGACUGCACCCGAAUCGGUACAAGCUUUGGUGGGUGAAAAUGGGACAAAACUAAGGUGAAUGAGAUAUGUUGAAUUUCAUUUUCCAUUGAAAGGAAUUACCAAAGUGAGCUUCUAUA